AAAAUGGCGAUGUCGGCGGAGUUGAAAGGAGAAAAGUUAAAAGAAGAUUUUGAUGAUCUGCUUACUUGUACAAUCUGUUUGGAGAUCUUCAAAGAACCUAAGUAUUUGUCGUGUCUGCAUACGUUUUGUAAGUCGUGUAUUAAUACAUAUAUUGUUUCAACCGUGAAAGACCAUAACCCAAGUGGAUUCAAAUGUCCCAUAUGUCGUUGGUCUGUGUCAAUAGAUGAUGACAAGCUUGAGACAUGGGCCAAUAAUUUACCCGGGAACCAUUUUAUCGUAUCACUUAUAGAUAAAAGGGAAUUACAGAAACCCGAUAAGUUGUGUGAUACUUGUGAACAGGACAAACAGAAAGCUUUUUAUUUCUGUACUGUUUGUCAAGAGGCAUACUGUGAAACGUGCAAAAAGGCCCAUAGAAUAUUCAAAAUGUCGAAGAGUCAUAAGAUAAUACCAAUCACCGAUAUCAAUGCAGAAACUUCAACUUCCAGUCUGCAUACCCAUGUCACAUGUAAAGAACAUCCCGACAAGACAAUAGAAGUUUACUGUCAGGAUCAUUCAAAGCCUUGUUGUACAGUUUGCGCCACGGUCCAUCACAGAAAAUGUGAACAGGUUGUCACUAUUGAUAAAGCGGUGACUGGGAUAAAAGAAUCCGAUACAGCUAAAAACCUGAUGACAAAGUUGAUAGAAACAAGUACCACAUUGGGUAAAGUUCUUCAAAACCAAAAAACUAAUAAAGAAAACUUUGAAAAAGGCAUAGAAACCGUUCUACAAGAAAUAUCAACUUUACGAGAAAAAGUUUGUAAACAUUUGAAUGAACUCGAACAAAAACUUCGAGACGAGGCCAACAGUAGAAGGAAAGAAAAAUCAAUAAAGCUUGAUGACGAAACAACAGAUUUGUCCAGCCUAAAGAAUAUAGUUGAUAAUUGGAAGAGUUUUUUCGAAGCUUGUAUAUCUCAAGGAUCAGAAAUACAAUGUCUGGUCAAGAUGGACGAAAUUCUAAAUAACCUUCCUCAAACUGAAAAUGACAUUUCUAAACUUCUACGUGAAAUAAGGACUAUAUCCGUAAAAUUUGAACAGAAAAAUAUCAUUUCAGACAUAAUUUCUCUCGGCAGUUUGAUAUUUAAUGAGCACCGUUCUUCUAUUCCUGGAAAGAAGGUAGCAAAUUUCCAUAUAGGAAAAAUCAAAACAGUGUUCACAAUUGAUGUGACAACAGGUUUGGUCAGCGGGAUUUUCUUUAAUAAUGAUAUCAUUUUGACCCAUUAUUCUCAAAAAAAGAUCGUGUACUACGACAAAAAUGGACAGCAACAAGAACAGCUACAUAGUCCACACUGUUUCACAGAUAUAGCCAAAGUGAAUGACCAAACAGUCGCCGUGUCAUCAAGUGAUCAGACAAUAGUGCUUAUCAACGUUAAACCGAUGACUAUCGUGAAGACUUUAAAUAUUAGCAAUCCUGUGUGGGGUAUUUCAUUCUGUGAAAAUGAAUUUGUUACUGCUUAUAGUAGUCAACUAUCUUGGAUAAAUGCUGACAAUGGUACAUUAGUUAGAAGUCAACAAACAACAGCAGACACAAGAUAUGUUUAUUGUUUCCAGAACAAUGAGUAUAUCUACAGGGAUAGCGGACAUUCUAUUAAAAAGGUGAGCGAUCAUGGGAAAGGCUUUACGUAUAGUAAUACUAGUUUACAAAACCCGUAUUGCCAAGACGUUGAUAGGUACGGGAACAUUUAUACAACUGGAUAUCAGUCCGGAAACAUUCACCAGUUAACAUCUACUGGACAACUCGUACGAAUCAUUCCCAUAUCAGAUAUAGACAAUACCAUAACGGGUUUUCCAUGGGUAAUACGGUUCCAGCCAAACAGUAACAGAUUUCUACUGACAUUUGAUGGUGGUGUUACUAAAGUGCUCGUGUGUGAAAUUGAUUAG